GGCCUCAUAAAUCAACAGAUUGCCUUGAAUUGCUCAGACACUGUCUCCGUCAAAGCACGUGGGGUUGUUAAUUACGGGUAGAUUGCGUACAUUGGUUGGAUACCACCACUGUUCCAAUGUGUUGGCAGUGCCAAGUUCCCCAAACCGCGGGUGAACAUUUAGCACCAUACGGAGUCCACAAAAGCUCAUAUUGCUCAGCCACAAUAUCCUUUUUCAAUUACCCCUUACUAGAACCUCAUUCUGGCAUUGAAUCGGUGUUUAUGUGACUAUGAAGAGCUUCUCUUAACGCAUUACUCGCAUCGGCAGGCGCAACCGCGAUACACGCGACCCAAGAGACGAUGAACCCGGCUCCGCGGUGUUGGCGAUCUAUCAAUCGCCAGACACCUUGCCUCUUACGGACGGGACGCGUAGGAAUCCAAUGUCGUCUACCACAACUUGCUCUUGCUCCUGUAUCUCAAUCUCAGAGGAGAUGGGAAACAUCGAGUGGCCUCGGCGAUAGCAAUUCGGCCACAGAAGGAACCAAGCAACUUCAUGACCCUCGUAGAGGCCCGUCCAAACAUGGUCGGCGCCCACGCCAUGAGGAGGAUGAAAGGCCCCAAUCGCUACUGUCCAAAAUGAUAGAAGCUGCGGCAACUGCGUUUGCAAGCAUAGUCGUUCUUGGUGCCGGCUUUGCAUUUGGAGGCUUCUGCUAUCACAAGUUCUACAAAUGGCACGUGCUGCGCAAGAUGCGCAAGGCCUUCGAGCCAGGAGACCCAGCACUGGUCUUGGCCGCUAUGGGGAAGCAGGUCCCUGAAGCGCAACCGCCAACCACGCAAGAGGAGCAGGAAAAGAGCGACAAUGAGAAUCAUUGGAUUCGUAGAGAUGAGCAGGAUAAGAUCGAUGCAAUAAUAAACGGAACCGAGAAAGGCCAUUAUCACCUCCUUAUCGGCGAGAAGGGCACUGGGAAGACAUCUAUGCUACUUGAUGCCAUGCAAAAGAUCGAUGGAGAGGGUAUCGCCAUGCUCGACGCGCAUGGUGAUCUCGAAAUCUUCCGGAUACGGCUUGGUAAGGCGCUUAACUUUGAAUUCCACGAAGACUACAUCGGAUCCUACUUCUCGGAAAGGGGACCACGAGAAAGCACAGCGUUGCUAGAUAUUGAGCGCGCCUUUAACAAGCUGGAUAAAGUUGCUCUGGACCGACGGAUGAAAGUUGGCAGGCCAAUCGUUCUUAUCAUCAACUCCAUGCACCUUCUCAAGCCCGACACCGAUGGAAUGAAUCUGCUUGAGCUCCUACAACAGAGGGCAGAGCAAUGGGCAGCCAGCAAUCUCAUCACCGUUGUCUUCAACAGCGACGACUACUGGGUGUAUGAGCGUCUCAAGCAGCUAGCCACACGCAUGGAAGUGACGACAGUCGGCGACCUACCCAAGGACAAAGCCCUCAACGCCAUCCGAAUGUACCGCUCCAAGUACUUCUACGAAGACCCCGACGAGUCCAUCCUCUCGCAAGUCUACGAAAGAAUUGGCGGGCGCCUAACCUUCCUCAACAAAGUCGCCAAAUCCGCCGACAUGCUCAAGACCUGCGACGAGAUCUCCGCCGUCGAAAAGCAAUGGUUCCUCAACCAAUGCGGCCUCCUCGGCAUGGAAAUGGAUGACGACGUCAUGGACCAGCAGAAGUACGCCUCUGCAGCCAUGGUCCUAGCCCAAGCCCUCGUCGACCAAGAAGCCAACUCCGAAGGCCCUAUCUACGACCCUGAACACGGCCACGACCUGCCCGCGCUCCCACUGCACAAGGCGCGCCAGGUCAUGACGCGCGCGGAUUUCAUUCGGGAGUAUGAUCAUAUCAAUGUCUUCACUAUCACGUCGAGCGCGAUGGUGCGCGCGGACUCGGUGCCCAUGCAGCGCGCGUUUAGGGAGAUUUGCGCAGAGCCGGGUUUCAGGGACUAUCUCGAUGCGACGCUUCAGCGUAUUAACGAUAUUGAGAGUCUGGGUCGUACUAGGGAGCUGGUGGCGAAGGAUUUGGUGUUGGGGGGGAAGUAUGUUAUUAGUCAGGAGAAGGGAGGGUUUGGUAAGGUGAUUCAGUUGGUGAUGCCACCGGAGGAGGAUGAGGAUGAUGAUAAGGAGGAGGGGAAGGGGGGGAAGAAUGAUAGUUGAUGAGCUUUGUAUAAAGACCCAGAGUGGGGUCUUUUUGGGCCCUGGGUUAGGAUGGUGUGACACGACUCUAUUUACUUAGAUUUCCUUUUGUAUUUUAUAGCUUUGAGGCUUUGAGGCUUCGGCUAGUGUAGC